AUGAUCAGACGACACACGGUUGUGGCGCCGCUGUGGCCAUCGAGGGGUCGAUGCGAUGCGCCUCGACGCGAUGCGAUGCGCCUCGACGCGAUGCGAUGCGCCCUGACGGCGUCGUCGUGUGAGAUUCGAGGGUCGCGCGAAGGAGGUGUGCAGAAGGCAGAAGGCAGAAGGCAGAAGGCAGAAGGCAGAAGGCAGAAGGCAGAAGGCAGAAGGCAGAAGGCACAAGGCACAAGGCACAAGGCAGACGCAAGAGUUGGAUACCGAGAUACGUGCAUAGGCGUCUGCCCAGAGGUGGUGACUGGCGACUGGCGACUGGUGAGGGUGAGGGUGAGGGUGAGGGAGAGGAGUCGUGGUAUCUCCUGCCCCUUGUUGUGCCAUGUACCUGACAAUGACAAGCAAGUGGGCCCCAAGGGCCCGAAGAACCUGCCAACUGCUCGGUGUCGUUCACUCUUGGCCCCCGUCCAAUGGCGAAGCUGGUGUUGCCAAUAG